AUGGAAGACAGGGCAGCACGGAUAUUUGCAAGCCUGCCCUACACCGCCUGCCACUUACCCCACUCCUCGGCAUCAUCCAGCGCGAAGAGGGGCCUCUGCGGGUCCUCAUGGGAUCUCCAGUGCAGGGUCGACCCACCCCACGCAUUGGGGUCGGGAUUAACUGAGACAAGGGCGGAGGCCGUUCUGGCCGACCCCGGCGCCGCCGUCCCCGACGUCGCCGCCAGGGCAGGCGCCACUGCCUCUGACGCCGUCGGCUCCGUCGACGACCCCAGCACACUCGCCGUUGUCUCCGUUGUCGUCACCGCAGCCGUCAUCGCCGCCGUCGCGCAUCCCGCUCUCUCCGUUGUCGCCGCUGUCUCCAUCGCGGCUGCUAGGGCGGGCGUUCCUGUCUCUGCCACUGUCGCCAUCUCCGUCACGGCCACUAGGGAAAGUGCCCCCAUCUCCAUCGCCGCCAUCUCCACCAUCACCGUCGGAGCCCCCUCCGUGGCCGACACCCUGGACGCCGACGCUUCCCCCGCGGGCUCCUCCUCCACCUCGUCGUCGAGGUCUAUCACCUCGCUGGGCGGAGGAACCCCAGGGGCAGCACCUUGUCCCGCAGGGUCGGUUGCAGAGGCAGAAGGUGGAACAGGGGUCGGUUCCUGCCCCGUGCCCGACUGUGGCACCCCCCCUCUGGUCGCCGCCACAGAGGCUGUCUCUGCGGGAGGCCCCGCGGCCUCUCCGAUGACACUGCCGCUCGCCGCUGGCGGAGUCACGGCCCGCCCCACGGAGGUGGUCGACACCUAG